GUGGUCCUGAAGGGGGAUAACUCAACUCAGUUAGUGCAGGAUGACCAAGUGAAAGGACCUUUAAGAGUUGGUGCAAUGGUUGAAACCAAAAUGCCUGAUGGAUCCUUUCAAGAAGCUGUUAUCAGCAAGUUGACAGAUGCUAGUUGGUAUACUGUAGUUUUUGAUGAUGGUGAUGAAAGGACCUUGAGACGAACUUCAUUAUGCUUGAAGGGAGAAAGGCACUUUGCGGAAAGUGAGACGCUUGAUCAACUGCCACUAACCAAUCCAGAGCACUUUGGAACUCCCGUUAUUGGGAAGAAAUCUAAUAGAGGAAGAAGAUCUUCCCUUCCUGUUACUGAAGAUGAAAAGGAGGAAGAAAGUAGUGAAGAGGAAGAUGAAGAUAAAAGGCGUCUCAAUGAUGAACUGCUUGGCAAAGUUGUGAGUGUGACUUGUAAUUCUGAGAAGGCAGACUGGUAUCCAGCUUUGGUUGUGUCUCCCAGCUGUAAUGAUGACGUCACAGUGAAAAAGGACCAGUGUUUAGUUCGAUCCUUUGCAGAUUCCAAAUUUUACUCAGUAGCAAGAAAGGACAUUAAAGAACUAGACAUUCAGAACUUGCCAAAAUCUGAGUCCUCUCCUAAAAAAGGGCUACAGGAGGCAAGCACGUUCCUCAGCACAAAGGGCGUUCCUCGGAACUGGAAAAUGGACAUCAGUGAAAUUCUGGAGUCCUCUAGCAGCGAUGAGGAAGGUGGAGCUGCUGCAGAAACUGAUGAAGAGGAAGAAAAGAGAGAAGAGAAAACUGAAGAAGUAGUGCGUGCGGUUUUGUCAGCCCCGAGCGCAGAAUGGCCGUUCAGACUCGGAGGCGGCCUACAGCGUUGCCAGGGCAACCGGAGUGUUGGUCGGCACCGCGCAUGCGCGGGGGUGGAGGAGCGAGAGAGAGAGAGAGAGA